CGGUAGGACAUCGUUAGUAAAUCAUAUGUUUUGACUUUUCGUGUGUGUUUGUAAAUACGUUCAUGUUCUUUAACUGUACUGUGAAUUUUCUUUUGAAUGUCUGAUAGCGAAUUUGAUUCAGCCACAGAAACCACCGGUUUAAUGGAUGCACAUGUUGGUCAGAGCAGAAGCGAGAUUUCUGGUGAAAGACCUGGCAGACGACAAAAGAGAAGACGGAGCACAGAGCGUCGGACUGCUAACGAAGACGAGAAUGGUGCAAUUCCCGAAGUCAUCAUAGCCUCUAGUUCAGCAGGGAGUCCGUCUAAUGGCGAAUGGCCUAGCGAAGAAGAAGAAGAGCUAAAAUAUGGGGCAAAACAUGUCAUUAAGUUAUUUGUCCCGGUUUCACUAUGCAUGUUGGUUGUCGUUGCUACCAUCAGUUUUGUCAACUUCUACACAAUCAAGGAUUUAUACUUGCUUUAUACCCCAUUUCAUGAAGAUAGUCCUCAUGCGAGUACCAAAGCAUGGAAUGCUGUUGCAAACUCUUUAAUAUUGAUGGCUGUUAUUGUGGUGAUGACAGUUCUUCUGAUUGUUCUAUACAAGAAUCGUUGUUACAAGGUCAUACAUGGAUGGUUGAUAGUGUCUUCAUUAAUGCUGCUGUUCAUUUUUUCAUACAUUUAUCUUGAGGAAGUUCUUAGAGCUUUCAAUGUGCCAAUGGAUUACAUUACCCUUGUUUUCCUUAUGUGGAACUUUGGUGUUGUUGGGAUGAUAUGCAUCCACUGGCGAGGUCCUCUGCGUCUUCAGCAAGCAUAUCUCAUAUUUGUUGCUGCUCUUAUGGCACUGGUGUUCAUCAAAUACCUACCGGAGUGGACAACUUGGGUUGUAUUGGCAGUAAUUUCAAUCUGGGAUCUGAUAGCAGUUUUGAGCCCAAAAGGACCACUCCGCAUACUAGUUGAAACAGCACAAGAGAGAAAUGAGCAAAUUUUUCCUGCACUGAUUUACUCUUCAACCAUACUGUACAGCUAUGUGGGUGUUGCUGAUGGCGGAGAUGCUCAGGAACCUACAACUCACCAGCCUCAGCAACAGCAACAGCGGACAUCUUCAAGUGAUAAAUCUAAUUUACCACACAGACGGAGACAAGCAACACCUGAAGGAAAUGACUCAGCUGAUGGUUUUUCAAGAGAGUGGGCUGAAACGAGAGAGCAGCGAAUCCAGCAAAGGCAACGUGAAAUGAGAGAAACGUCAGGAGGGAGAAUACCAGACUACCAAGCCAUAACACAACCUGCUGACACUCACCAAGAAUCUGCAGAAGAGGAGGAGCGAGGUGUUAAGCUGGGCUUAGGAGACUUCAUUUUCUACAGUGUUCUUGUUGGGAAAGCUUCAUCAUAUGGAGACUGGAAUACAACACUUGCUUGUUUUGUCGCAAUUCUCAUUGGCCUCUGUCUCACAUUGUUGCUGCUUGCAAUUUUCAAGAAGGCAUUGCCUGCUCUUCCAAUUUCUAUUACAUUUGGUCUAGUUUUUUAUUUUACAACACGUGAAAUUGUCAAACCAUUUGCCGACAGUCUGGCCAGUGAGCAGGUGUUUAUUUAGUCCACAGGUCUUUACCAUGUUCACCUCUUUAAGUAAGUGUUUGGAUGUGGUCCGACAGAUGCUGAAACCAGCUUGAGAGUGUUGCUUACUUGGAUGGAACCCCUGUCACCAGACCAUGCAAACUGAUCUAUAGUCUGUGAUAAUGAAACUGUUGCAUUCACUUGUCUUUGUUACCAUAAUUUUUGGCAGCUUGAUAUAUCUGAAACUCAGUAGCUAGAGAUGGGACUUACAUAUGUAUAUUACAACAUGCAACAAUUUUUUAUACUUCAUUUGCUAACUUAUACUAAAGCCAAAUAUAAAUAAAAUUUUAAAGUUGAAAAAUAGGUCAAAUCUUACAUGUAACUCUAGUAACUAAUUGAUAUUGAUCCUCAAGUAUCAUAGUUGAUCAAAACAUCAUGAAGAACAGUUGUUUAGUAUUUUUCUUUUGUGUAAUUAUGAAGUGUGAAUGAAAUUCUUGGAGUCUGACGUGUACGUUAUUUUGAAUGGAUGUGUUCAUUAACAAAUAUAACCUCAUGAACAAAUGUUACAUUAAGUUACUUAAAAAAUUUCUGUUAAGGUACGGCCACUUUAUAAUCAGGCCUACCCGUUUUACAUGCAGCUUAUACUGCAGUAUUUGAUGAAAGAUAAUGGAUAAGUUAAAUUCUGUCCAGACACUUAUUGAAGUGAAAAAAGAAACUAAAAAGCACAUAAAAGAUGUGUAAAGUCUUUAGAUAAAUUGUUUGUUGUUUGGGAUGGACACCACAUGGAAAAGUUGACAAUAUCAAGGUUUCAGAGUGAGUGGUUGCCUCUUAUGGUUCAGAGAGCAGACAAAAAUCUAUGAAAGUAAAAAGAAAAUCUACUCAGUAAUAUAAUUUUUUCGGCACUAUGGAAAAGAGACAUGGGAUGAAAUAGGUUUAAUUGGUGAAACAUUACAAACAAAAUUCAAAUUGCUGUGACACUGAAUGACAAAUUUUCCCAUGUGCUUUCCAUUUCUUUAAAUUUCUUCUGUCCUGUUUAGUUCAGUAUUUAUCUACUCAGGAACCAGGACUUUUGCCUGGUGCCCUGUGCAGUCCCCACUCUCCUCCCACCUCUCAAGACCAUAUUUUUAAUUAAUAUAUAAAAGACACUGCCAGUUUCUUGAUGUGGCUAUUACCCUCAACAUCAGUUAAUUAGUUAGUUGUGGAGUUAAAAUGUCUACUUGUAGUGUAAUAUUUAUUGGAAGAAUCACUGACAAGGAGACCUCGUGCUAAUCGGAUUUUUAUAACUUUUUAUAUUUGUGGUACAUGAAGUUCAGAACUCAAAUAUCAAUUUCCCAAAGCAGUUCAGUGCAACCCCCCCCCCCCCUGCCCCCCCCCCCCACCCCCCCCCCCCCCCCCCCCACACAAAAAUGGUCAAGAAAAUUGACUUUGAAGUUUUCUGAUCAUCAUUAAUAUGCUAAAUUAAGGUCAAUUCUUAUACAGGAAGCACGGUAGCGUGCUUGCCUGCUGUGUAGGGGGCAUGGGUUCGAUUCCCAACAGUUUCAAAUUUUUAAACAAAGUUGUGUGUUCUUCAAAUACUUCCAUGAAGUGUAAAAUACAUAAAGAUGGGGAAACAAUCAAUAACAUUGAGAUUAAUUGCUUGAUCGGCUCUCAUUUGUAAUUCCUUUUUCAUUUAGUUCAAAUACGUAUGUCAUUUAAAUACAAAAGUUGUCAGAUAUAUGCUGGUUAACACAUAUAUAUGUCUCAUUUUUAUGAAAAAUUCAUGUUUUUCUUAUUGCUAAUGACAUAUCACUUACAAAAUCCAGUUUUUAUAGCAAAUAUAAAUUCUUAUUACCAAUCUUUUAUAAAAAUUGAUAAUCAGCAAUAUUUAAAUUUAAAAACAACAUUACAAAUUAUUUUUUGAACUGCUUUGAUCAAUUUAUAUUUGAGUUCCAAGCUUCACCUAUUCUAAAUAUAAAAAUUUACAAAAAUCUAAUUGGCAUGUGAUGUCCUUGUAAGACUGUAGUUCCUAACAUUUAAUUUGAACAACUCAAAUUUCAUAAAAAAUACAAUUACUGUAUUUAUUUUGUUCAUAUUGCAUGUACAGUUUUAUAUAUUUUUAAUAAUAGAAUUUAUAAUACAUAAAAUCAGUUGCAUAUUUAUUGUUGUACUUCUUUUCAUUACCACAUUAACAUUGCUGCACCCCUGCAGUGCUAUUGUUUUAUGAAAGAUCUGAUGUUAUAGUAUCAAAUCUCCUCUUUACAGGGCAGAAAAUAGCUUUGGUUACAUAUGAUUCAAUUUUAAACAGAAAAAAUAUUGUUUGAAUUUUUAGUUAAAAACAAGAGUUUACUCAGGAAUACAAUAACUUUUAGGAAGUUGUGAAAUGUGCUAGAGAAGAUUGGAAAUGAGAUGUCAGCAGUGAAACUGUUAGUGUAGUACUGACAACUUUUUUAAAUCUGGAUUUGUUUUUAUUUUCAAUUUUUUAUUGAACUGCCAUAAAAAUUUCAAAACUUGUUAACUUUGAUUUAUGAGAACCAAUAAUAUACCUUGAUUAUUAGAA